AUGAAGAUCUCGGACUUAUUUUCUUGUAGCACUUCACCAGCAUCACAUCCAGUCGGGACUACUGUGAGAGUCCAAGAUCUCCUCAAAACCAUCCCUGUCAGACGACAAACAGCGUUGAAAGCUACAUCAAGGACCCUUUCCGACAUCAAGAAGAUCUUGCAGGCCUAUGCAUUCGCUCGCUCAAAUGUCAGAAUCUCUUUCAAGGUGCUAGGCGGGAAGAAUGACAAGUACAACUGGACUUACGGUCCAACGCCUGGGACGUCUCUCCUCGCGGCAACUGCCAAAAUUGUGGGCCAAGAAGUUGCGGCGCAAUGUGAAGCGAGGUCCUGGGCAUCGAAUCCUGGGAAUGAAGGAGAGAAGUCUUACAUCAUUGAUGCUGUAGUUUCAACGGGGGAGGGUGAUCCGAUCAGGGUGGGGAGCAAGGGUCACUUUAUCUCCAUAGACGGUCGUCCAAUAUCCACAACAAGAGGCAUGUUUAAGGACUUCGUCAAGCUCUACAAGUCCUACUAUAACAACUGGAUAUCCAGAGUCAGGUCGACAGAUUGUUCCGUUGAUCCUUUUCUAUGCCUCCAUCUACUAUGUCCGACAGGCACAUAUGAUGUGAACAUUGAGCCUGCGAAAGAUGAAGUCUUAUUUACAGGCACCAAAAAUGUUGGGGAUCUGCUAGAAGACUUCUUGAAAAGCGUGUACGGAGACCUUCCUGAAAAGAUCAAUCAACUGGGUCCGAAGAGCGAUGGGGGUAUUCUUAAUACCUCUGAUGGCCAAUCUUUCCAGCUUUUGUUAGCCAAGAAGGACCCCUCGUCAAUUAACAGACUCAAUCAUGCUUUCAAGCGGAAUGAUAGUGCUGAUGUGGUCAAAGAGACGAAUGGAGAACAGAAGCUGGAGCUUGACAACCAGAGUUCUGCAGCAUAUCAGGUUCUCGAGUCUGAUCAUGCUAGACAAGAUAAGCCACCUUCCGAUACUGUGUCAGGUGCCGAGGCAAGGUCUCAUCGUAACAUGUAUGACUUUGAUGAGGACGACCUUGGCACAAUGGAGCCUGGUCUGUCUCCAGAACAGAGUCCCAUUGAUGAGGCGGAUGAAGCAGAGUUGAGGAAGGCAUCUGUUACGAAUCCGUGGACAAUCGCGAAGCUCAAUACACCAGUAACAUCCACCACAGGGUUCACCACAAACAUGAGCGCCAGGAACAGCAACGAGCAAUUGAUGACACCUGGGCCUGAACGCAGAUCAAACAAUCUGUUCUCAACCUCUCAUAGGAAGCCUCUUGUCACACCAACCAAUCUGCCAAGCCCUGCCAGAUCUGAAUCAUCACGAUCGCCUCCAUUCUACCAAAACCCCGGUCCUCCACCUAGGAGGAGAGCGCCAAUUCAUCGAGUUGAAGAAGAUGAAAUCGAGUUCACACAGGAACCAACAACUGAAGACCGUGCACGUCCUCGUCCUUCCUUCUUGGAGUUAUGGGCCAAGAAGAAGCCUCACAAAGCCGACCUCCCAUCUUUGCAACAGGCCCCAGAAACGACUAACGUGAAUCAUUGCUUAGUAGCUCACCAUGACAAUGAGGGGUCUGACCACACGCCUACAGAGUUACAAUCGACACAGCUGACGGAGCCGGUGGACAUUGCGGUUUCGAUAGUGCAGUCUGGAAGCGGUCUCCUUAAGCCGUUCAUUCCACCUUUUAGGACCCCUGAAAGAUCGCCUACGCUUCAUCCACCCUUGAAGCUCACUCCUACCGGGCCAACUCACCCAGAGCAACAGUCUCCAACACGGCAACCCUGGGGGUGGAGCCAAGACGACAGACGAAGCACAAGUCCUGUCUCUCAUGGCCAUCCUCCGCCACUUUCUCAAUCUCACCAGCAUCCAAUGGCUUCACCUCCGAUACUACAACCGUCGCCACCUCAGUUGCUGAGGUCAUCAAGGCAAGCCAUCCAUACGCCGCAUCCCGACCUAGAAGAGAUAAUGGACUUUGAGCAUCGCAAGAAGGCAGUGAAUGCAGAACGAAGGAGACAAACCAAGUUGACGAACAGGUACCUCAACCCAGGGCAGCUAGCACAGAUACAGCGAGACUCAACGGCCUCCUUGCCGGCGCCAGAUCGUGAUUUGUCUUCUCCAGGCCCGUCUCGGAACCAUCCAGCAUCAAGUGUCAACCUCAGAGACGAGAGGAAGAUCUCUUACAAUCCCGCGAAACCUAUCAGCCACAGCCCUACCAAACCCCCCUUGCCAUGCGACCAGGAACUAGCACCAGAUAAUCCAGCACAAAAGCAAAGCCCCCAUCAGAACCGCUACCAAGCCGCAAAAGCUGUACUCGCACCAUCCAAAUCACCUACCGCACUCUCUCAUGCUCAUGCGCUUGAAGAGCAAAAUUCUAUUCGCGAAGACACAGAUUCAGCCGAAACCUUACCUCCUCUCGCCGAAGACGAUCCAAGAGCCUACCUCAUCCAACACCGCGGCGCUACGCGGACUCAUAGCAAUGGACACAAUCCCACCUCGAACCCUGAAAUAAGCCGUACAGGCCUCAAACUCAAACGCACCAAAACUUCCAAACUGCCCUUGGAGACCAUUCCCUCCAAAUCAGCGAUACACAACAUUUCCGCGAAACCUUUGAUCCUGUUCGCAGGAUUACAGAACCUCAAAGCACAGAUUCGCGAGCUUGGCAAAGUGGAUGCCUACCCUAGGACGGGGAACAAUGAGUUCAUGAUCUGGAAUGCUAACAGUAAGGAUGUUGAUGCUUGGGAGGAUAAGAUGAGGGAUUUGGUAAGAGAGAGAUACGUCGUGAGGCUGGGUGGGGAUGGAGAGGAGGUACCGGCUAAUCUGCAGUUGAGGCUAGGAACUGUGCUGAGGGCGCAUUGUGAGGAGUUGACUUGA